CCCAUGCAUUCACUUUGUAUUCAAGCUCAAGUUGCUAGCUACCUAAGUAUCAUAUAGUAAUAUAUAUCUUGAUUUUAUUCUAUACAUAUAUCCAAGUUUUGAGGGACAAAACUUGACAAACAGAGAGAAUGUGGGGGAAGAAGUUGAACUCCAUUGUAAAGUCACCUUGCUCUGACUCGGAGUGUUUGCCUCAACAUCAUCAUCAUCGCAACCAAGUUGCAAAUGAGAACUUGGCUGUUGUGCAGUGGGUGAGCUGCGACGUCUGCGUAGAGGAAAACAAGGCAUGUAAGUGCCAAAACAACCAUGCUCAUGAGGACUUGAAGACUACUGCUGCAGUUAAUGUGGUAGAUGUUGAGGCCAACAGUUCCUUUGCUCAUGCAGUCCUCAACAUGGUGGGAAUGCUUAUAGGAUUGGGACAAUUAUCAACUCCAUAUGCUUUAGAAAAUGGAGGGUGGGCUUCUGCAUUCCUGCUUGUAGGACUUGGUGUGAUAUGUGCAUAUGGUUCUCAUCUCCUUGGCAAAUGCCUUGACAUGAACCCUAAGUCCAGAAACUACUCCGAUAUCGGGCAUAACGCAUUUGGCACCAAAGGAAGAGUCAUAGCUACAACUUUCAUCUACUUGGAAAUCUUCAUGGCCCUUGUUUCCUACACCAUCUCUCUCCAUGACAACUUGACCACAGUUUUUAUUGGCACACACUUCAACUUGUCAUGGACUAACCUCUCCACAUCUCAGCUCCUGACCGUGAUGGCGGUCCUGGUUGCACUUCCUAGUCUUUGGCUGAGGGAUCUUUCUUCCAUAUCUUUACUUUCAACCGGUGGUAUUUUCAUGUCACUCCUUAUUUUUGCAACAGUGGCAUGCACAGCCAUUUUCGGAGGUGUCAAACCUAACCAACCCAUCCCAGUUCUUCAUCUCGAAAACAUUCCUGCUAUAUCAGGACUAUACAUAUUCAGCUUUGCUGGUCAUAUUGUUUUUCCCAAUUUGUACAAGGCCAUGAAAGACCCCUCCAAGUUCACCAAAGUGUCCAUUGUGAGCUUCUCAUUGGUCACAUUUCUCUACACAUCCUUAGCCUUCAUGGGCGCGAAGAUGUUUGGGCCUCAAGUGAGUGCUCAGUUCACCCUGAGCAUGCCAAGGAAUCAGAUUAUCACAAAGAUUGCACUAUGGGCAACAGUGUUGACACCCAUGACAAAGUAUGCCCUAGAAUUCGCGCCAUUCGCGAUGCAGCUGGAUAAGGGGCUCUCUGAUCAUUCCAUCAAGAUGAAGUCAAGGACAAGGGUGAUCAUAAGGGGCUGUGUUGGUUCAAUUCUACUCCUGGUGAUACUGACAUUGGCUCUUUCUGUUCCGUAUUUCGAACAUGUUCUUAGCCUUACAGGAUCGCUUGUCAGUGUGGGAAUUUGCAUGAUUUUCCCUUGUACUUUUUACAUGAAGAUAUUUUGGAGGCAACUAUCAAGACCUGAAUUGAUUCUUAAUCUGCUGCUUGUCACCCUCGGCUUUCUUCUUGCGGUGUCCGGGACCAUUUCUUCUUCCAAGUCACUUAUAAGAAGCUUACAGAGAGCUCACUCAACUUGAUGACAAAAUCCUAGAGAUGGAGUACUCUUGAAUUUUUACUCUCUCUACAUAUAUAUAUAUAUAUAUAUAUAUAUAUAUAUAUAUAUGAGAAGUA